GUGAUAUUGAUCCUCUCAGUGCUCUACAGUUAUGCGGAAAUUACUAGAGCCACAAACACGCACUGUAUGAGAGAAACACACACAGUGCACGCUACUCCUAUGCCCACCAUUCGUUCUCUCUCCUCCUCACUACCCCAACCAAUUACCAAUCCAGUAACCAAACCGAUCAACCAACAACCGGCAUGGUUAACAUCCAUUAAAGUACUCUCUCUCUAGGCUCCAAUGGCCAUCGCAGUGACUUCUUCACCACCAACGCCUAUGUCCGUACUCUGCAUCACUCGCUUGUCUUCGACGACGAUGAUGAAGAGUAACCCUAAACAGAAUCAAGGUCGUGGUGUGGGAAACUUUGGGCAUUUCGUUCAGGUCGUGCGCAACGACGUGAAGUAUCUGAAGAACCGAAUGAGUGAAGGCAUCAACUGGGCCAACGAAACUCUUCGUCUUCCUCAGCUCUCCAGAACCGUAGACGACAUUCUAUGGCUUCGGAACCUCGAAGACCCUCUUGCCUCUUCCUUACCGACUUCUUCUUGGCCUCAACCUCAUUAUCCAGAAUUUUCUGGUGUGGAUUUGUUCGUGGCUGAUCUCAGGGCCUUGGAGGCAUAUGCUAACUAUUUCUACUAUUUGUCAAAAAAGUGGACUAAACCACUUCCAGAGGGCUAUGAUCCACAAGAAGUUGCUGACUAUUUCAGCCGUAGGCCUCAUGUAGUUGUCCUUCGACUUCUUGAGGUGUUUUCCUCCUUUGCUUCUGCUGCAAUUAGAAUCCGAGUCUCAGGAAUCAGAAAGUUAUAUAGGUCAAGUGUGGAUAAGGAUAUUGAGAACAGCAUUUUGCAAUACAAUUUUGGUGUGGUGCUGAAGGAAACCAUGCUAAAACUGGGUCCCACUUUUAUUAAAGUUGGUCAAUCCCUUUCCACAAGGCCGGAUAUUAUUGGUUCUGAAAUUUCAAAGGCUUUGUCUGAGCUGCAUGAUCAAAUCCCUCCUUUUCCCAGGAUGUUGGCUAUGAAGAUCAUCAAGGAAGAAUUAGGUUCUCCUGUGGAAACAUUCUUUAGAUACAUAUCCGAGGAACCUGUAGCUGCAGCUUCAUUUGGUCAGGUGUAUAAAGGAAUUACCGUUGAUGGUUUCAAUGUUGCUGUAAAAGUUCAACGCCCUAAUUUGCGUCAUGUGGUAGUUCGAGAUAUUUAUAUUAUUCGCCUUGCGCUGGGGUUAGUGCAAAAAAUUGCAAAAAGGAAAAGUGAUCCCCGCCUUUAUGCUGAUGAGCUUGGGAAGGGCUUAGUUGGGGAGUUGGAUUACAGCCUGGAGGCUGAACAUGCUAUGGAGUUUAUGGAAGCUCAUUCCACCUAUUCGUUUAUCAGUGUUCCAAAAGUAUUUCAGCAUUUGAGUCGAAAGAGAGUUCUAACUAUGGAGUGGAUGCAUGGUGAAAAUCCAAGUGAUUUACUCUCCAUAUCCACUAAAGAGUCGAUUAAAAAUGGUUCUAGAUAUUCAGCAAGGCAGCAAAGUGAUGCUAAAAGACGUCUUCUUGAUCUGGUUAACAAAGGAGUGGAGGCAACUUUAGUUCAGCUCCUUGAAACUGGCUUAUUGCAUGCUGAUCCACAUCCUGGAAACUUGCGUUACACAUCAACAGGACAACUGGGGUUUCUGGAUUUUGGUUUACUUUGUCGAAUGGAAAAGAAGCAUCAAUUUGCCAUGCUUGCAUCCAUAGUGCACAUAGUAAAUGGGGAUUGGGCGUCCCUCGUUCAUGCUCUGACUGAGAUGGAUGUUGUGAUACCAGGAACUAAUAUCCGGCAUGUUACCAUGGACUUGGAAGAUGCCUUGGGAGAAGUGGAGUUUAAAGAAGGAAUACCUGAUGUCAAGUUCAGUAGGGUUCUGGGUAAAAUAUGGUCUGUCGCCUUCAAGUAUCAUUUCCGAAUGCCACCAUACUAUACGCUAGUCCUACGUUCAAUCGCUUCCUUUGAAGGAUUGGCAAUAACUAUUGAUCCAAAUUUUAAGACUUUUGAGGCUGCAUACCCUUAUGUUGUACAUAAACUUCUCACUGAUAAUUCAGCUGCCACAAGGAAAAUAUUAUAUUCGGUUGUAUUAAACAGAAGGAGAGAGUUUCAAUGGCAAAAGCUUGCUCUUUUCUUAAAAGUAGGGACAACAAGGAAAAGGUUGCAUCCAAUGUUAGCAUCAAACACUGAAACUUCUCUUGAUUAUUCACCAAGUGGAGCCACUGGUGUAUUUGACAUUGCCAACCUGGUCCUGAUGCUUUUACCAUCUAAAGAUGGUGGUGUGUUGAGAAGACUCCUAGUGACUGCGGAUGGAGCUUCAAUAGUUCGAGCAAUGGUUUCCAAGGAGGCGGUUCACUUCCGCCAACAACUUUGCAGGAUAAUUGCAGACAUAAUGUAUCAAUGGAUGUUUGAAGCCCACGGAGGAGGUGCUACAACAACUCAGUAUAGUUCCCAAGUGAGAUUGGCAACUGGGGACAACCUCCUAGAUCCUUUUCCAUCCUCCAGAUUAGCCACACCCAAUUAUGAUUAUCAGUCCAUCCUGAAAGAUCGGCGGCUCAAAGUGAUAUUCUUCAAGAUACUAGACUCUGCAAGGAAAGAUCCCGCAUUGAUGCUGAGGUUCUACUGGGCUUCCUUUGUUAUGUUUCUCAAAGCUUCGGCUUUGGCUUGUCAUCGGGUGUUAGUUUCCUUCUCCGAAACUUUACUGGGGCCUGUAUCAUUUGUUCCCAAGCAAUUUGCAGUUGCUGCGUCGUAGUCUUUUCAUUUGAUUUCCACGAAUGCCCUUUUGUAGACAAGUUGUACCGUAAUUCUACGAAGGUCGAAAGUCGAGAAUGGCUAACCUUGGGAAAGACGGCUGGCACCUGCUUCGUGGUGUUUUUAUUCAUUUUCCACGAAUGCCUUCUAGGAGACUAGUUGUGAGGUAAUUCUAUGAAGUAAAUUCGAGAAUAGCUAACCUUGGGAAAGAUGGCUGAGAUAAAGAUUGGUGACCUUGAUUGAUUUGGAUUACAUAGUCUAAAAAUUGUGUUAAUAUCACCUCAGUAAUUGCGCAAACAGUGGUUUAGGUGUUGGCAAGUUGUGAGUAAUUAAGGAUGGAUGUAGGAUCAGCACUUCUAAGCAAUGUAAAUUGUGAUUGUGUAUGCAUUAUGAGAUAUGUAGGGUAAAAAAUUAUGGAAUGAAUUGCCGAGCCUUGCUUAUAUAUAUCAAUUGAUUAUCAUAUAGCAUGGCGUGUAAGAAUAAAAUAAAUUGUGUAUAACAAAAUAUUAUAACGUCAUUGUCACUUUUGGAGGCCUAGGAACAUUAUAGGUGAAUUAGUUAAUUGUUCUAUUUCAAGUUAGAGUUGCUUCCGCUUUCAACAAGGCUGAAGAUAGGACAGCCCUUGAAAUGUGUGCUCUUAAAUACUUCAUGCUGAAGGUAGUCUUAUUUCAUUUUCAUGUAGGCUCGGUUUGUUUGGAUGUAAAACAUUUAUAAGAAAAUAUAUAUAUAUAUAUAUAUUUAUUUAUUUUU